CUUUCAAGGCAAAGACACAAGUGCCUUACAAGGGGCUAUGGCCGGAGCUGUGAUUUCUGAAGAUCCAGAGGACAUACCACCUGUUGUGCCUGUAGUGGAGUCGCCCUUUAAAGAAGCCCCAGCAUACAGUCAUUUGACACCAGUGCAACUGGAGAACAGCUGGUUCACAGACGGGUCAGCAACCAUAGAAGGAGGUGCAAGGCUUUGGAGAGCAGUGGCUUAUCAACCUCACACUGAGACCAUCCUGAAGCAACAGGGGGAAGGUAAAUCAAGCCAAUGGGCUGAACUUAUUGCCGUCGCUAUGGCAUUGACAGAAAAUCAAAGCUUCCCUGUUGUUGUUUAUACUGAUAGCUGGGCAGUUUUUCAAGGACUAACAGUGUGGAUCACAAUGUGGAGAAGGGCUGCUUGGAACUAUUCAUGGGAGAGAACUUUGGGGUGGCACAGAACUGUGGGAGCAGCUUUGGACAAUGGGCACAAGAGGGGAAACUCUCAUUGGUCAUGUAGAUGCCCAUGCCCCUCUGAUAUCCCUUGAGAGGCUUUAAAACCAACAAGCUGAUCUCAUAGCUGCUGUUCGAGAAAUCAAUCAGGAAGAAGCCUCUGUAGAGAAUGAAGACCUGUGCACCUAUGCUGAACUAAAUGUAAUCAAGCCUUCUUUACUAUCAUUAGCAAGGUGGGCUCAUGAAACUUCAGGAUAUAUGGGAGCAGAGAAAACAUAUCAAUGGUGUCAUCAGCAAUGUAUACCAGUCACUAUUGAUAUUGUUAAACAAAUAGUGAACAAUUGCUCCACAUAUACAGAAGUAAAACAAUGGCCCCUACAGAAGAAGGCAACUGGUAAACUGAAGAGAGGAAGGGGACCAGGACAAAUUUGGCAGGUGGAUUACAUUGGGCCACUGCCACGAGAAAAUCGACUACUAUAUGCUUUAACUGCAGUAGAUACUUAUUCUGGACUGUUACAAGCUUAUCCAUCAACAAGAGCUGACCAGAAAGCUACACUUAAUGGACUGAGCCAGUUAAUCCAAGCAUAUGGAGUGCCUGAAGAAAUCCAAAGUGAUCAAGGAAGCCACUUUGCUGGAAGAGACGUACAAGAGUGGGUUCAAGGAGCUGGCAUUCAAUGGACUCUGCAUAUCCCUUAUCACCCACAGGCUGCAGGACUUAUUGAGAGAAUGAAUGGCCUGUUGAAAGAACAAGUUAAAAAACUAACUGGGCACAAUCAUCUGAAAGGCUGGACUAAAGUUUUAAAGCAAGCCUUAUUUAAUUGUCCGUUGGCUGGGUCCACACCUUUUAUGAGACAUCAAAAUGUCGGAGGAGAGCCACCUGUGUGUGCCCUCCGCCUGACAACAAUUAGUCCACUGGCAAAAAAUGAAGUAACUCCCACAGGGUUAUUGGUUAGGGCACCUAAAUCACUUACAAUCAACUUAAACACCUCAGAAAAACUCAGCUUGGGAAUAACAGGUCAGUGGCCAAAGGAAUGGGAAGUUAGAAUAAAUGUUGAAAUGCUUGUAACGGAUGCAUGUUUAACAGAGACAUUAGAGAUCUGUGUAAAUGAAUGGUAUUUAGUUUUAGAAAAUCAAGGCAAUAAAGACAUACACAUAGCUGAAGGACAGGCCAUAUGUAAAUUGCACAUAGAAAAAGUCACACAUGUUUUAGUCAGUAUUGAACAGUUUAAAGGAGAAAUAGGAGGGAAGGUAUGGGUUUUAACCCAGGGCAAAAGCCGAGGGCAGGAGAAAUAA